AUGUCAGCUCCCAACUAUUCCACUGUCAAUUAUGAUAUGUUUGUCCUCACUGGCAUCCCUGGCCUGAAGGAGCGACACAUGUGGAUCUCCAUCCCGUUCUUCCUGAUGUACCUGGUGGCUGUGCUAGGAAACGUCAUCCUCAUCUGUGUGGUGGCAGUGGAGCGUAGUCUUCAUGAACCUAUGUACCUCUUCCUCUCCUGUCUGGCUUUUUGGGAUCUAAUUCUAUCUACGUCCACAGUACCCAAAGCCCUGAGCAUCUUCUGGUUUGAUGACGUGAACAUCUCUUUUGGUGGUUGUGUAACCCAACUCUUCUUUAUGCAUUUUGCCUUUGUAGUGGAGUCAGGUAUUCUCUUGGCCAUGGCUUUUGACCGCUAUGUGGCCAUCUGCUACCCACUGAGAUACACCACCAUUCUUAGCCUUGGUGUCAUUGGCAAAAUAGGGAGUGUUGUAGUGCUCAGGGGUUUUGCAACUGUUUUCCCCAUUGUCUUCCUUGUGAAACGUCUGCCCUUCUGUCGGACAAACAUCAUUGCCCACACAUUCUGUGAACACAUGGGGUUGGCAAAGCUGGCUUGUGCUGAUAUCACCAUCAAUAUUUGGUAUGGAAUCUCUGUGCCAUUACUCAGUGUUAUGCUAGAUAUGGUGACAAUAGUCAUCUCCUACAUGCUCAUUCUGCAGGCAGUUUUCAGGUUGCCAUCCCAAGAUGCUCGGCUGAAAGCACUCAGCACCUGUGGUUCCCAUGUCUGUGUCAUCCUCAUGUUCUACGUUCCAGGGGUUUUCACUGUCUUUGCUCAGCGCUUUGGCCGAAAAAUUCCCAAGCAUGUCCACAUCCUGCUGGCCAAUCUCUAUGUUCUUGUUCCUCCCAUGAUGAACCCAAUUAUCUAUGGAGUAAAGACAAAACAGAUUCGUGAGCGAGUGGCCCUUGCAUUUUCUUCAAAAGGGAAGUGUUGCUGA